AUGGACAGGGAUCUCAGUGACGGUGACAGUGUGAUGGACCUCAGCUUCGAGGCCGAGAGUCCUCUGGCGCCCCCGGCUGAACUCCUGGAGAGGCUGCCCAGCUGUGACUGCCUUCUUCAAGGGGACAGAUGCCAGAUAUUCUUCCCACCUUCGGAGGCCCCGGGGAGGCCCCGGGAACAAAGGUGCUGGUCUUCGUUUCUGGAACACAGAGUCCCCGUGGUGACAGAGGAGGUGGCCCGGGAAGCCCUCCUCAGCUUCGUGGACUCCAAGUGCUGCUACGGCAGUGCGGCCGCCGGUGACCUCGUCAUCCUGGAGCUGAAGCAGCAGGUCCUGCGCAGGUAUCGACUAGAAACCUUCAGUGAAUCCAGGAUAAGUGAAUGGACUUUUCAGCCCUUUACCAACCACUCCGUGGAUGGGCCACAAAGAGGGACCUCCCCCAGGCUUUGGGACAUCAAGGUCCAGGUUCCCCCGAUGUUUCAGGAAGAUACCAGGAAGUUCCAAGUCCCUCACUCAUCAUUGGUCAAGGAAUGCCACAAAUGCCACGGGCAUGGGCGCUACAAGUGCAGCAGCUGCCACGGGGCCGGCACGGUGCGGUGCCCCUCAUGCAGCCGGGCCAAGCGCAGAGCCAGGCCCGCCCGGCGGUGUCAGAUGUGCUCGGGGUCCGGCAGGCAGAGAUGCAGCACAUGCUCAGGGAGGGGGAACAAGACCUGUGCCACCUGCAAGGGCGAGAAGAAACUGCUGCACUUCCUCCAGCUGGUCAUCGUGUGGAAGAACAGCCUGUUUGAGUUUGUGUCUGAGCACCAGCUGGCCUGCCCUGGGGACCUGCUUGCUAAAGCCAGAGGAGAGACGCUCUUUAAGGAUGAAAACACGAUGGUGUACCCCAUCGUGGACUUCCCCCUGCGGGAAAUCUCUCUGGCCUCCCAGCGGGGUAUCGCCGAGCACAGCAAUGCGCUGGCCUCCCGAGCCCGCGUCCUGCAGCAGCGCCAGACCAUUGAACUGGUCCCCCUCACGGAAGUUCGUUACUGGUACCAAGGAAAGACGUACGUCUACUACAUCUACGGCACCGACCACAAAGUGUACGUGGUGGAUUACCCCGAGAGGUACUGCUGUGGCUGCACCAUCAUCUGA